AUGAGAAGAGAAGUAGCUGACAUUAGGGAGGAGCUACAAAGUGAGUUGUCAGCAGUCAUAGAAUUUCUACAACACAGAGACACCACCAUCCACACUCUAAGAGAACAACUGGAGCCUACCACAACCCUCACUACCACACCCUCACAUCCCCUAAUCGGCAAUGCCACUGCUUCUUAUAGUGAACCUACGGAACUCACACAGACUCAGCACAAGAGGUCAGUAACCAGACCCAGUACAACUGUAGUCCCCUAUAGCUCAGUUGGUAGAGCAUGGCACUUGCAACGCCAGGGUGGUGGGUUCGUUUCCCACAGGGGGCCAGUAUGAAAAUGUAUGCACUCACUAACUGUAAGUCGCUCUGGAUAAGAGCGUCUGCUAAAUGAUUAAAAUGUAAAAAUGUAAACUAAUUUUCCCACACCAGCACAUUCGCCUUGUCAGAUAGGUCUGACCAGACCUCCCCAAGAUCCUCACAUCCCAGUCCCAGAGCACCAGCGCCAGCAAAGCCAUGCUGGAACCCUCAGGAGAGAGGAAGACAAUGAAAGGCCACCUGUGGUCCCCACCCCACUCCAUCCAAAGUACAUCACUCCAGACACCACAGCCCACAACAGCAGCACACAGGCAGAGCACCCUAUUGGACAUUUCUCAGGGAGGAACUGCUAUGCCCUGGCAUGUCAGUCAGAAAGCUAUGGUGCCCAACAACAGCAAGUGCCUUGCAAUGUCUGUCAAGCAACAAAUUAAAUGGGGCCAAACAUAAAAUAAUUCACACAGGUACUAAUGAUUUGAUGGCAAUAAGAGGACAUGUAGCUCAUGCAAAGCAACAAGCUGAAGAGAGAUUUCCUAUCACCAAAAUCACUAUGUCCACCCUGUUGCCACGUGGAGAUUAUUAUUUAGCGCAACAACGCUGAGUGGCCUAGAGGCUGUGCUCUUUUGGACAAUGUUUACCUAGUGAACCACCAUGACAUUCACACCCAGCUGAUGUAUGAGCUAGUACACUUGAACAAACAGGGUGUCAAGGUGUUUGCUAGGAAACUGAAAGAACCUGCUCUGGGACAAAGCAAAAACCAACAUAUAUCCUCCAAGAUCACGACCACCAGCCCCCACCCAGAGAGACAAGCACCGCCCUACACCACCGGGCCACAUCCAGAAAGGUCAGCUCUACCCUGCACCAACAGGCCCCAUCCAGAGAGGCCAGCUCCACCCUACAUCAGGCCCCAUCCAGUGCGACCAACACAACCCUGCACCAUCGGGCCCCUUCCAGAGAAGCCAGCUUGACCCCACACCACCAUGCCCCAUCCAGAGAGUUUAGCUCCACCCUGCACCAUCGGGCCCCUUCCAGAGAGGACAUCUCCAUCCUACACCAUUGGUUCCCUUCCAGAGAGGCCAGCUCCACCCCACACCACCAGGCCCCAUCCAGAAAGGCCAGCUCCACCCUGCACCAUCGGGCACCUUCCAGAGAGGCCAGGUUGACCUCGGCCCAUCCAGAUAG